GGGAGAGGGGCGGGGAAGGCGAGCGGGACGGCCGGCCGGGGCCGGGCUGCGCCUCGGGACAGCAGCGGGGAGCGGGCAGGCCCCGAAGAGAGAAAGAGAGCCGGGCGGAGGAGGCGCAUCCCGGGGAGAGCGGGGUCCUCCCCGCCGCCCUCCUCCUCCUCAUCCCCAUCCCGCGGAGAGUGGAGCCGCCGGUGCCGCCCCGGCUGGGACCCGCCGGCUGACACCCCUCCGGGGACCGAGCCGGAGCUGCCCGCCCCCCCGGAGCGAAGGAGGCAGAAGAACCGCUUGGCUGCCCGGGCAGGGGGGCGCUGGGCGGCCCGCCGCCGCCCGGGAAGGCAUCCUGUGACGGCCCCUGAUCAGCAAGUCAUGUAGAAGCCGCAGGAACUGCAGUUUCUGAUGGAUAAUCGGAUUGGGAGUAAUAUGUGGGAGGCUGUGGACUAUUUGCUUCCGACAUAGGAACGGCACUGGGUUGGGAAUCUGCACUCCUGAGAGAAUGCUGGGAAUCUGCAGAGGGCGACGGAAAUUCCUGGCUGCCUCUCUGACUGUCCUCUUCGUGCCAGCCAUAACGUGGAUUUAUCUGUUUGCUGGGAGUUUUGAAGAUGGGAAGCCAGUGUCGCUGUCUCCACUUGAGUCCCAGCCCCACAGUCCUCGUUACACGGCCUCAAGCCAGAGGGACCGCGAGAGCCUGGAGGUCCGCAUGCGGGAGGUGGAGGAGGAGAACCGCGCGCUGCGCAAGCAGCUCAGCCUGGCGCAGAGCCGCGGCCCCUCGCACCACCGCGGCAAUCACUCCAAGACCUACUCCAUGGAAGAGGGCACAGGCGACAGCGAGAGCCUGCGGGCUGGCAUUGUGGCGGGGAACAGCUCGGAGUGCGGGCAGCAACCAGCAGUGGAAAAAUGCGAGACUAUCCACGUCGCCAUUGUUUGUGCAGGGUAUAAUGCCAGUCGGGAUGUUGUCACACUCGUCAAGUCCGUGUUAUUUCACAGGCGAAACCCACUCCACUUUCACCUCAUCGCAGAUGCAAUUGCCAAACAGAUCCUCGCAACUCUGUUCCAGACGUGGAUGGUCCCUGCUGUGCGCAUAGACUUCUAUGAUGCAGAUGAGCUCAAGUCGGAAGUGUCAUGGAUCCCCAACAAACACUACUCUGGGAUUUAUGGGCUGAUGAAGUUGGUUCUAACGAAGACUCUACCUUCCAAUCUUGAGAGAGUCAUUGUCCUUGACACAGACAUAACAUUUGCCACUGACAUCGCUGAGCUAUGGGCCGUCUUCCACAAGUUCAAAGGGCAGCAGGUUCUUGGCUUGGUGGAGAACCAGAGUGACUGGUAUUUGGGUAACCUCUGGAAGAAUCAUCGGCCCUGGCCAGCACUUGGGAGGGGCUACAACACAGGGGUUAUCUUGCUGCUUCUCGAUAAGUUACGGAAGAUGAAAUGGGAGCAGAUGUGGAGACUCACAGCCGAGCGGGAGUUAAUGAGCAUGCUGUCCACUUCACUGGCUGACCAGGAUAUCUUCAAUGCAGUCAUCAAGCAAAAUCCCUUCCUUGUCUACCAGCUUCCAUGUUUCUGGAAUGUUCAGCUGUCUGAUCACACUCGUUCUGAGCAGUGCUACAGAGAUGUGUCUGACCUGAAGGUGAUUCACUGGAACUCACCAAAGAAGCUGCGAGUGAAAAACAAGCACGUGGAGUUUUUUCGCAACCUCUACCUGACAUUCCUAGAAUAUGAUGGGAACUUGCUGAGACGGGAACUCUUUGGCUGCCCCAGUGAGGCAGACAUUAACAGUGAAAACCUCCAGAAACAGCUGUCUGAGCUAGACGAGGAUGACUUAUGCUAUGAAUUUCGUCGAGAACGUUUCACCGUCCAUCGCACUCAUUUGUAUUUUCUACAUUACGAAUAUGAACCCGCUUCAGACAACACUGAUGUAACGCUGGUGGCUCAACUUUCAAUGGACAGGCUCCAGAUGCUUGAAGCUAUCUGCAAACACUGGGAAGGUCCAAUCAGCCUGGCACUCUAUCUUUCUGAUGCAGAAGCCCAGCAAUUUCUGCGCUACGCCCAGGGCUCAGAAGUACUAAUGAGCCGCCACAAUGUCGGCUACCAUAUCGUGUACAAGGAAGGCCAGUUCUAUCCUGUGAAUCUGCUAAGGAACGUGGCCAUGAAGCAUAUCAGCACACCGUACAUGUUUCUGUCUGACAUUGACUUCCUGCCCAUGUAUGGACUCUACGAGUACCUCAGGAAGUCCGUCAUCCAGCUAGACCUGGCUAACACCAAGAAAGCUCUGAUUGUACCUGCUUUUGAGACCCUACGCUACCGCCUUUCCUUCCCCAAGUCAAAAGCAGAGCUGCUAUCUAUGUUGGACAUGGGAACCCUCUUUACAUUCAGGUAUCACGUCUGGACAAAAGGGCACGCGCCAACAAACUUUGCCAAGUGGCGAACAGCCACCACCCCCUACCGUGUUGAGUGGGAAGCAGACUUCGAGCCAUACGUUGUUGUGAGGAAGGACUGCCCGGAGUAUGACAGGCGGUUUGUUGGAUUUGGCUGGAACAAAGUGGCUCACAUCAUGGAACUGGAUGCACAGGAGUACGAGUUCACGGUGCUGCCCAACGCCUACAUGAUCCACAUGCCACAUGCCCCCAGCUUUGACAUCACCAAGUUUCGCUCCAACAAGCAAUACCGCAUCUGUCUCAAGACCCUGAAGGAAGAGUUCCAGCAGGACAUGUCGCGUCACUAUGGCUUUGCAGCUCUCAAAUAUCUCACGGCAGAGAACAACAGCUAGCACAGCGGAGCCCAUUUAGAGGAAACAGAGACACUGAAGGGAGGAGCCACUCAACGUUUGAGGCCCGGUCUUCAAACUUUGAACUGAGAAAUACUUUCUGUUUUUAUAUCAUACCUGGCAGUUCUAACAGUAGAAAUUUGAAGUGACAUGUCUUCAGACUGUGCUCAUCAGCCCCUUCCCCAGCCACCCCAGGCCUUUCAGCUUUAGCAUUUGUGAGGUGUCAACAAGAGGGGCCGGCUACGCGCCCACUGUACUACAAGAGGUGGGGACUGGGCAUGGGCUGGGAAUGCACUCUGUUCUCUUAACUGCAGAGCAAAGACAGACCUUCAGAAUAUAGGAUUUCAUGUUGCUAUUUAAUAAUUUGACAUGCUUUUUAUCUGUAAAGGAAGAUCUUCGGGUCGCUGUCCUGUGAAUUUCAAAUCUGCACUACUCUGAAAGGGAACUUUCACCUGUGAACGUUCACAGUGGCCCUCUUAACAUGGAUGACCUUGUAAAUGCAGGAUGAGCCAAAGGUCUGAAUUAGCCUUGAAAUGAAGGGGACACUUGUACAAUACUGCACUCGAGAAGGUGUGUUACAGGUUUAGGUGUGUACAUGAUAUCAGUUGGUCUUUUAUGCUCAAAUUAGUUAAGUUUUAUCAGGAAAAUCCCUUAUGCCCUGCCCUGCCUUUUCCUCAGUCCUAAAUGCUGUUCCUUUCCUUGCCAAGGAAAUGUCUCCAUUGUGUUUCUUUCCCAUCUUCAGUUCUGGUGGUCCAGUACAGAAGAUCAGUAGCUCUGCCCAAAAGUGAACAAAACCUGUCAGUGUAAGGUCUGUUUUCACCAGAGCAACUUGUUCAUAUGUGUCUCGUAAAAUAAAGGGCCUGGUUGUAACUCUUUAUCUUUUUUAGGCAAGAAUUGGAUUUUGCCUAGAAGGCAUGUUGUGCGCGGGGAUAUUGAUUCAUAGACUCAUUUCAGUGCAUGCCUAUCCGUGAAGGCACUGGGCCUGGGGCUUUAAGUGAACUUCUUUGCUGAACAGGGAAUAUAAGCGCGACAACUCGUAGCCUGGGUGCUCUCCUGCUGCCUGCUACAAGGUCUCAGAACUACUUCGUUAAAGGAGUUUAUAAAUAAAAGGAGCAGAACUGUUAGGAAUAAACUCCCCAUUCGAGGGAGAAAAGUUUAUGUUGGGAAUCUGAGUGUGAUUGUUUGCUUGAAUGUGGGCUGGUCAAGUUCACAACUUCAAUACACACAGGAAUAUUCUGGAGGGUGGACAGGAAACUUAAGCAAAACACAGAAAACAAGACACUGGACUUUUUACAGUUUUCUUUAUCUUUCAGUAUUAAUGUUGUGUUUACAUUGGAUGAGGAGCUGAGGUUUAAUGCACUACCCCUUGCAGGGCUAUUUGUAAUUUCUGUUGCAAUGUUAAUAGAGAAAGCAGAAACGAUUCAGUGAGAAAUGUGUCUCUCUCCUUUCCCCAGAUCCCUGUACAACCACAUGUGCCAAUACCACUGCCUGAACUGGAAAAUGGGUCCACAUUGUGUUCUGCUCACUUUGUUCCAUUUUGUUUUUCAGCCACUGGACCUUCUACUUUCUUCCCCACCUCAUCCCCCUAGAGCUUGGUUUUAUUUCUAACCUGACAUUUCGUGAGAGCUUUUUGUUACAGUGGAAACCACACCGUUAAACCAGACAUUUAAACUACAAAUAUCAGUUCAUCAUGCUGUGUAUAUAUAAGAAAAGCCAAAAAAGGCAAGAUCUUUGAGAAGGAAGAAAAAGGGGCGGGAGGCUAUGUGCAAUUACUGAUUUUUCCCCUGGGAGUGUUGGCUGCAUGAGAAUACAUCAGUGCAUAAUUUUCCAAAGUGCUUUUCUUUGGUUCUUAAUGGCUUUAUGUAAAGAUUUACAUAAAAAUCUUUGAAGAGCUGGGAAGAAGUGAAAUGAGUACUCAGUCAGUCUUGGCUAAGAUAUAUUUAAAAAAAAAAAAUCUUAACUCGCCAAGUCCUGUAUUACUCACCAUUAAGGGCCCAGGUCACCAUGCAUACUGAGAAUGAGAACCCUGCAGCACAGAGCCAUGAUGAUUAGCUAAUGUGCAAAAAGUUAUCAAAAGCUGAUCGUAGGAGGGGCUGAACAUUUGUUGUGCCUACAUAAAAUUUCCCAUCAGAGUUUCAGUGUGGCCACGAUUAUGUUUCAUAUACAUUGGAAACUCAUUUCCAGGUGUACAUUUCUUCUUGGCUUAACAAUGUUGCCCAAGGAUGGACUAGGUUGCCUGCAACAGCAUAACCUGUAGCGUGGACUUGUACGUAGUUUGGGUGUGCCAUUAUCAAUGUCAACAUUAUUUUCUCGUUUUCACCAGAGGUCCUGGGAUGCAGCUGGGGGAGAUGGGAGGUAAUCAUUUGCACCUUGCCUCUUUGUGCAGCAAGUUGUGGGAGCUCCUGGAUAGGCUUAGAUUUGCAGUCUGAUGUAACCAGCUCAAAGAUUGGUAGUAGGUUCAAAGAGCCCAUUUUUUUUCCUUAUGGACAUGGUGCUGACUUGUGUCUGUCACGUCAUGUUUGUGUGUGCUUUCUAAUUUGAGAGAUGUGGAGCUUGGGUUUUUUUUAAACACAUUUCAGGCAAUUCACGUGGUAGCAAAUUAGGCUUACUUACCUGUCUUUAACUGCGAGGGCUCCUCCAACACCAUGAAAAAAAACAACAACAACAACAAAAAUCCCCAACACAGUUACAACACUGUCUGCUAGUCCUCUACUGUAAUAGGUAUUUGCUAGGAAUUUUGUUACUUAAUUCUCAGAUUUCUCCUGAAGUCUUCAAGAAAUGUCAGAUAAAUCUGGUGACUUAACGCCUUUGAUUUAUUGAUUUGUUCCACCAGCUUCUCUCUCGAGUCCUCAGUCUAUGACCUCUCCUUAUCUUUGUUAUUUGGAAAGCAUGAGUGUCUCAUUUAGAUACCACUCAAACACCAUCUCUGGUGAAGACUGAUGCAAAUAAAUCAUUUAGAUUCUUGUCAAUGUCCUUAUUGUCUUUAAUUGCUCCCUCUACUUUUUGUUUGGGGUGGCCUACUGGUUCUCUCCAGUUUUCUGCUUUUGGUGUACUGAGCAAACAUGCAUUUUCCGUUUUAACUUCCUACUAUUUGCUCUUCAAAUUCCCUCUUCGCUUGCUCAAACUCCAUCUUAACUAUUACAUACCUUCCUUUCAGCUUUAUAAAGUUUUGAUUUCCAUUCUCUGAAGGCUCUCUAUUUGGUCUGAAUAACUUCAAAAAUCUCCAGUUCAGUCACACCAGCAUUUCCUUGUCUUUCAUUUAUCUAAGGGAAUGCCAUAUUCCAUUGCUAUUUUUAAGCCCUUUCCACUUUCAAUCUGAGGGCUUCAGAGGGGUUGGCUUUUUUUUUUUUUUUUCAUUUUAUUUAGGACCAAUGAUUAUUUAAAAGAAAAAUGGUGUUUUUUUUGCUUUGUUUUGUUCUUAGUCUUUGUAUCUAAUAUCAAGUAUCACCCUACUAGGUUUUAGGGGGUAGUGUUUUGAAGAAGUUUCCUCCUACCUCUUCCUAAAUGCUUUCUCCUAGUCAAGGGGUCAGUUUUAACAUCAUACAGAAUACUCGUGUUCUUCUAACAGGGGAUCUUAUCUUGACACAUUCUGUCCUGUGUCUCCCUUUUCCCCUCCACUCCAAAACUCAAGUCCCUAGAAUCUUUUCAGCCCUGUAAGCCCCUUCCAGCACCAAAAUCUGAACUCUGUAUUUCCCAGCACCUUCUGACAUCCCGCUGUGUUUCAGACAUAAUUACUGUUUCAAAUAAUUGCUGCCUGGCUGGCACCCAAUCCUCCUAUUUCUGUUUUCAUGCUUCUCCCUUUGAUGUAACAGGCUCUGCAGUUAAAGUUUUGGCCAUAACUCUUACCUUUUUCAAUGCCUUAUUAUAACUCCCUGAAAUGUUUCCAUGAUUUCUCUCUGUUGUCACAGCACAUAUCUUCAAAUGUUUGGCUGUAAUUUCCAUCCUAGCAUUUUCUGGCUGAGGGUCAUCUGCCAUUUGCCAUCUACCAUUUUAAAAUGUCUUUGUGUAUUCUGAAUAGUCCUUAGUAUCGAUCAGAUUUUUUUUCCAAGUCCUACUUUCAGUAAUUCCUUCCAGCCUUGCUAGUUUCCUGUGUGAGCAAUCUGGUUCCAUAUCGUUUUUGUGAAUUUUAUUCUAUUUGUAAUCAUCAUCUUGGAUUCAGUGACAUAAAGGAAUUAACAAUGUGCCUGUGGUUCCACCGCUUUUGUUAGACUGAAAAUCAGAUGUGAUCACAUUAUUUCUAAAGUGCUGAAUUUUUACCUGGUAGGCUUCAUGUGGUUUGUAUGCAAAUCAUAAACUGCGUUUUCCGUAUACUGCGACAAGUGGAGGCACUUUGUAGGGUUAUUUGCAGUAGCUAUUGCAGCAGAGUAAGACCUGCAUUAGAAGAAAAAACUUUCUUAAAAAAAAACUUAAAAGAAAAACUUUGUCAGGACUUUAG